AUGGCUACACCGGGACAAGGCCAUGGUGGCCGCCAUAUGUCGGUCUCCAACUAUGCGGCCAACUUGGGAACCGACACCUACGACACCGGUCGUCGCCGCUCCUCCAUCGCCCCUGCGGGCUCCGUGGGUGGCGUCGAGCAGAAGAGCGGCGUCCUCAAUCAGAGGGAUGAGACCUUCCGCAAGAUGUCCGUCGCCGUGCCCAAUCUUGCCGAGCUCAGCGCCGAUGCAAAAACUGCCGCCGAGUCGGAGCGCAAGAUGGGUUUCCGCGAGGGUGUCAGACUCUAUCCGAGCGCUAUCUUCUUCUCCUUCGGUCUGUCCCUCGCCGUCGUCAUGGAAGGCUACGAUACUUGGCUUCUCGGCUCCUUCUACGGUAUGCCUGCUUUCGCUCAGAAGUUUGGCGAUGCUGGUACGGACCCUCAGACCGGCGAGGUCAGAUACGAGGUCAACGUCAGCUGGCAAAACGCUCUUAGCAACGGUACUGCCGCUGCUCAGAUUAUCGGUCUCUUCAUCAACGGCAUUGUGUCAGAGCGCAUCGGUUAUCGCUUCACGAUGAUGGGUGCUCUGGUCUUGGUCGCCUGUUUCAUCUUCAUCCAAUUCUUCGCCCAGAACGUUCGAAUGCUCCUGGCGGGCUAUGUCUUGGCCGGUCUCCCCUGGGGUGUCUUCCAGACCCUGACCACCACCUAUGCGGCUGAGGUGUGCCCCGUGCCCCUCCGCCCGUACUUGACCACCUACGUCAACCUAUGCUGGGUCAUCGGCCAGCUGAUCGCCUCCGGCGUCCUCAAGGCUUUUGUCGCUGGCACCAGCGACUGGUCGUGGCGCGUUCCUUAUGCCAUCCAGUGGGUGUGGCCCGUCCCAAUCUUCUUGGUGACCUUCUUUGCUCCCGAAUCUCCGUGGUGGCUUGUCCGCCACGGGAAGCUCGACCAAGCGCGCGCUGCUCUCCUCAAGCUCACCUCGAGGAAGAACAACCCCAACUUCAACGUCGAGGAUACACUUGCCAUGAUCAUCCACACCAACGAACUUGAAAUCCAGCAGACGUCCGGCACUUCGUACCUCGACUGCUUCAAGGGUGUCGAUCUCCGCCGCACCGAACUCACCGUCAUGUCUUGGGUCAUUCAGCAGACCUCCGGGUCACCCAUGAUGGGAUGGGGUACCUACUUCAUGAUCCAGGCCGGUCUGGACACAGGCAACGCUUUCUCCCUCGGCGUGGGCCAAUCCGCCAUGGGCUUCGUCGGCACUGUGUCUUCGUGGUUCCUGAUGCCACACUUUGGUCGCCGCACCUUAUAUCUGUGGGGUCAGGUCGGCAUGUUCGUCAUCCUCGUCAUCAUCGGCGGUUUGGGCAUCCCCAAACUGGGUUCCUCCACCGGCUGGGCCACCGGCGCUCUCAUCCUCAUCCUGACCUUCGUCUACGACAUCACCGUCGGCCCCGUCUGCUACUCCCUCGUCGCCGAGCUGCCCUCCACCCGCCUCCGCAUCAAGACCGUCGUCCUGGCCCGCAACGUCUACAACGUCUGCGGCAUCAUCAUCGGCACCCUGCAGCCCCGCUUCAUGAACCCCGAGACCGGCUGGGGCUGGCGCGGCAAGACCGCCUUCUUCUGGGCCGGCGCCAAUCUUCUGGGGAUCGUGUGGACUUAUUUCCGUCUUCCCGAGCCCAAGGGUCUCACCUACGCCGACCUCGACGUCCUCUUCGAGAACAAGGUCUCGGCCCGCAAGUUCCGCCAGGUCGAGGUCGAUCCCUUCCGCUCCGACAAUUUGGUUAUUGUGCCGGAUGAGUACGACAGCGACAAGCAGGCUCAUAUGGUCCAGCAUGAGAAAGUGUAA